GUCCUGGACCGGGGUUGCCAGCGGAGCGCCGGGUGCUCGCUUUCCGUGUGCCGUGCAGGGACAGUAGCUGGCUCCCCACGCCUGUCCGCCCGAAUUCCGCUCACUGCAGCAAGCCAGCCAGGGGCCCUUCCCUGUUCUGAAGUGGGGCGGAACCCCGAGGUCCGGGAUCGCCGUAGCCGUGGCAUACGCGAGCUCGCAGCGAAGUAUUUGACCCCUUUUCGAAGAGUGACCUCUGACCGCAGUCGGUAGGGAAGAGAACACCACCAGGUGGAGAACGAGAGGGUGGACAUCCAGCUAGGAGGAGCAGAAUGGGUACAAAGACCGAAAGGGACAGACGUGUCCUUGGACCCAAGCCUGUCCCCUUUGGGAGCAUUUGCCACAGCAGGCUACGGGGGAACGUGGCAGCGCUAGAAUCAAAGAAGAUGCAGAAGAAGAAGCAACAGUCUUUCGAGAAGUGGUCAAUUUUAAUCCAGAUCCUUUGCCAGAUAUUAUGAUAAGGAGACCACCAAGCCUAUCAGCUUCUACUUGUCUUCACUGGAGGAGCUUCUGGCCUGGACGCCCCUCAUGGAGGACAGCUUCAAUGUGGCCCUGCAGCCCUUAGAGUGUCGCCAACCCCCACUGAGCAGCCACAGGCCGAGGACCCUGCUGUGCCAUGACAUGAUGGGUGGCUACCUGGAAGAUAGGUUUAUUCAGGGCUCAGCGGUGCAGAACCCUUACUCUUUCUACCACUGGCAGUACAUCGACAUCUUCGUGUAUUUUAGCCACCACAUGGUCACCAUUCCUCCAGUGGGCUGGACCAACGCUGCCCACAGGCACGGGGUCUGCGUGCUUGGGACAUUCAUCACGGAGUGGACCGAUGGGGCAAAGCUGUGUGAAGCUUUCCUGGCUGGGGACUCACGCUCCUAUCAGACAGUGGCCGAUCAGCUGGUCCAGAUUGCCCAGUUUUUUCAUUUUGAUGGCUGGCUGAUCAAUAUCGAGAACUCUCUGAGUGCAGUCGCUGUACAGAACAUGCCCGUUUUCCUGCGGUAUCUGACUGCUCAGCUCCAUCAGCGAGUCCCAGGGGGUCUGGUGCUCUGGUAUGAUAGUGUGACACAGAGCGGACAGCUCAAGUGGCAGGAUGAACUCAAUGAGCACAAUCGGGUCUUCUUCGAGUCCUGUGAUGGCUUCUUCACCAACUAUAACUGGAAGGAGGAGCACCUGGAGCGGAUGCUGGGGCAGGCCGGGGAGCGCCUGGUCGAUGUGUAUGUGGGCGUGGAUGUGUUUGCUCGGGGGAACGUGGUCGGAGGCCGGUUUGACACAGACAAGUCGCUGGAACUGAUCCGAAAGCACGGCUUCUCUGCAGCUCUCUUUGCCCCUGGCUGGGUGUACGAGUGCCUGGAGAAGAGCAGCUUCUUCCAGAACCAGGACAAGUUCUGGAAUCUGCUGGAACGUUACCUGCCCACACACAGCAUCUGUUCCCUGCCCUUCGUCACAUCCUUCUGCCUGGGCAUGGGCACGCGAAGGGUCUGCUAUGGACAGGAGCAGGCUGUGGGGCCUUGGUACCACCCGAGUGCCCAGGAAACACAGCCCCUGUUUGGAGAACACAAGCUGCCCGGUGACAACCGGGGCUGGGUGAAGGUGCACUGCUGCCUGGCAGACUCCUGGCAUGGGGGCAGCUCGCUGCUGCUGGAGGGGGUGAUCCCACCUGAGGUGGGCAACAUAGCCGUGAGGUUGUUUUCCUUACAGGUCCCAUUACCACACAAAGUCUUCCUGUCCUUGGUAUAUAAGCUUGAAGGGCCCACAGAUGUCAUGGUCGCCUUGGAACUCACUACUGGGGAUGCCAGCAGCUGUCACAUUGGCAGCAUCUCGUCGCUGAAUGCAGAAACAGGUUCAAGGCACAGACCCCGACCCCUCCGGGUGCCCCCCACCAAACUGGCCAGAUGGGCAGGCCGCUGUGGCCAGCAGCUCAGUGGGGGCUGGAUCCAGCGGUGCUAUGAGGUGAACAUGCGUGGGUGCCUCCUACGAGACCUCUUUGUGAACUUGUCACGGCCACCAGGCAGUCAGGAGGCGGAGAGCUUCAUUUGUCGCCUGGGAGAGAUCCAGGUGGUGGAUGCCAAUAGCCUGCUGGCCCCGCUGCCCCAAGUGCAGGGCGUCACUGUUACCCAGGUCCGCUGGCAGCAGCCCAGCUCUGAGGUGGAGGCGCCCUCGGGCCACCUGAGGCUCAGCUGUACCCUGCACUGGUCCUACCUCCUCCUCCAAGCCCGCUGCUUUAGAAUAUACUGCUCAGAAAGGAGGAGAGGCCGCUCUGCAAGCAGGGGACUGCCAGGGCCAGAGAAGCCCAUGUUCCUGGGCCUGGCUUUUGUCAACCAGUACCGUGUGGUGGACUUGAUGGUAGAGGCUGCUGGGCCCAGCCAAGAGGGCCACGUGGAGUUCCUGGUGGAGCCUGUCCCCAGGGAGGGCUUCCAGGUCCCACAGGCCGAGUGGGGCAGGGCAGCCCUGCUAUACUCCGCACCUCCUUGAGCCAACACUCCUCGCCCGAGUCUCAGGUUGUCUCUCGGCCUCUCUGGGAUCCUGCUAAGCAGUGCCAGGUGUCAAGAAGGCUGGGUCCCCAGGAUGAAGGCAGUUUGCUGAAUGAUGGUCCCACGAGGCACACAGGCCUCGUGUCUGCAUGUAACCCUCUCCACGGUGUGUGGUUCGGAGGGAAACGGAAACAGAUGUGGGAGGUUUGGUCCAGAAGACUCCAUAAAGGAUAUUUUCAAACAGGUUGAAA